AUGCUAUUUGGUGUCAGAUUGGAUAACGAGAUAUUCUCACCUUGGAAGGACCAUUAUAUGAAGUAUGAUGAGUUAAAAAAAUUGUUGAAAGAAUCAAGUACUGCUCCUAAAACAAACAAGAAGAGUAAAGGUAAAAACAAUGAUGAUGAUGGUGUUUUCACUGAUCGUGAUGAACAAAUAUUUGUUAGUGGAUUAGAUGCUGAAUUGGAAAAAGUGUAUACUUUCCAAAGUUCUCAAUAUAAUAAAUUGUUGAAAAGAAUUGAGAAAGUGGAAACUACUGUUAACAAUUUGGAUUUAAACGAUGCUACUGGUUCAAAAGAUAAUUUUGAUUGGAGUGGAUUACAAAAUGAAUUGGAAAAUAUAUUGAGUGAAUCAAAAGAAUUGGAUCAUUUUGCAAGAUUAAAUUUCACUGGUUUCCAAAAAAUUGUCAAAAAACAUGAAAGAUUACAUCCAAAUUAUACUUCUGUUAAAGCUUUAUUAUCAAUUAGAUUAAAAGAAUUACCAUUCCAUUCUGAAGAUUAUUCACCAUUAUUGAAUAGAAUUUCAAAUUUAUAUGCAUUUUUAAGAGAAAACAUUGCAAGUACCUCAUACAUUUCCACUUUUGGAUCUCAAAAAGGUUCAGCUUCAUUACCAAAUGGUGCUUCAUCUUCAAGUGUUAACGCAAACAUUGAUGCUGAAUUUCAAUCUUUUAAAUUUUGGAUUCAUCCUGAUAAUUUAAUGGAAGUUAAAACUAGAAUCUUGAGACAUUUACCUGUUUUAGUUUAUUCAAAUGAUGUUAAUGAUACAAACCAAGGUGAUACUUAUGAUCCAACUAUUUCCUCAUUAUAUUUCGAUAAUGGUUCUUUUGAAAUUUAUAACUUAAAAUUAUUAAAGUCAAAUGCAUCACCAACUUUAAGAUUAAGAUGGUCUGGUAAAUUACAUGAUAAACCUGAUUUAUUCUUGGAGAAAAAAGUUGUUGAUAAAUCAAAUCAAGAUGAAGAUUUACAUGAAGUUCGUUUAAAAUUAAAAGAAAAAUAUUUAAAAGAUUUUGUUAUUAAUGGUGAUGUUGAUGAAUUUAAACAGAAAACUCUUGGAAGAUUUAAAGAAAUGGGGUCAUCUGAUGCUUAUUUAGAAUCAUUAGAAAGAGAUAUUGAUGAUGUUGAUAAAUUUAUUAAACAAUAUGAUUUACAACCUGCAUUACGUUCUGUCUAUACAAGAACUGCAUUCCAAAUCCCAGGUGAUGAUCGUGUUCGUAUUACCAUUGAUUCAGAUAUUUUAUUCAUUAGAGAAGAUUCAUUCGAUCAAGAUAGACCAAUUAGAAAUCCAAAUGAAUGGCAUAGAACUGAUAUUGAUCGUAAUAUUGAAAAUCCUUAUUCAUUAUUAAGAAAAAAUGAAUUUACAAAAUUCCCUCAUAGUGUUAUGGAAAUUAAAAUUAAAAAUACAACAGGUAGAAAAGGUUCAGAAUUAAAUGGUAUCAGUAUACCAUUUUCAAGAAAACAUGGUAAAUGGAUUGAAGAAUUAACUACUUCACAUUUAGUUAAAGAAGUUCCAAAUUUCUCAAAAUUCAUUCAAGGUAUUGCUUCACUAUUUUUAGAAGAUGAUAGAUUAGAUAUCUUACCAUUUUGGUUACCGGAAUUAGAAGAUGAUAUUAGAAAGAAUCCAAAUGAUGCAUAUGAAGAAUUAAAAGCUAAACAAAAAUCAACAGCUCAAAAUAAAAGUAAACUAACAAGAUUUUCAUCACCAACAAAGCAAAGACCAACCAAUAUAGCUGAAACCGAAGAACAAGAUGAACAAGAUGAUGCUGAUUUAGAAGAUCAUGAAUCAUCUGAUGAAGAAACAAAUGAAACAACUGCUAGACGUUCCAAAAAGAAGAAGAAAACUGUUGUUAAUCAAAUCAUUCCAUUCUUUACAGGUUCAUCAAAAUUAAAUGAUGUUGACUCUGAAGAAGAAGAAGUUAUUUUACCAGCUGGUGUUCAAAAACCAAAAACUUUAUUAAAACAAGCGGGUCCAGUUAAAGUUGAAACUAAAGUUUGGUUAGCAAAUGAAAGAACUUUCAAUAGAUGGUUAACUGUAACCACAAUGUUUUCAGCAUUAACUUUUUCAAUUUAUUCAUCUGUUUCCAAGGCAUCAAGUCAAAAUUUAGCAGAUUUAUUAGCAUAUAUUUAUUUUGCCCUUACUUUAUUCUGUGGUAUUUGGGGUUAUGUCAUUUAUAACAAACGUUUAACAUUUAUUAAAUUAAGAGACGGUAAACAUUUGGAUGCUCCAUUAGGUCCAUUAGUUGUUGCAUUAGGUGUUUUAGGUGCUAUAACUAUUAAUUUCAUUGUUGGAUUUAGACAUGCUGCUUCACAAAUUAAUAUCAUGGAGGAUGAAAAUUUACAUCCUUUAAUUAGAUCUGUUAAUGAAUUUAUGUUUAGAUUAGUUGGUGCAAGAUCAUAG